AGCGAGAACCAAGGAAGAGCCAAGGACUAUUGGCUAUUACAUGGAUCCACAGGCGGCGGAUAUCCAAUCUCCCAUUUUACAUCCAGCCGUGGCUGCCAACAACUUUGAAAUCUAGCCCACUGUUGUGACGAUGAUUCAAAACAACACAUGCUUUCAUGGCCUUUCUCAUGAACUACCACGAGAGCAUGUCCAAAGGUUUCUUGAGCUAGCAGGAAGCUUGAAGAUAAAUGGCAUCCUCGAGGAGGAAUUGCGAUUGAGGCUCUUCCCCUAUUCUUUGGCGGGGAAGGCACUCUGAUGGCUCAACAACAAUCCGGCUCUAUCCAUCACCUCUUGGGAAGAUUUACUCAACAAGUUCAUGACCUGAUAUUGUCCUCCUUCCAAGACGACCGAGUGGAGAAAGAAGAUCACUCACUUUGAGCAAGAGGAGGAUGAGAUAUUGUGGGAUGCACGGGAAAGAUUCUCCGACUACUUCCUUCAAUGACCUCACCAUGGAUUGGUGGAGCAAUUUCGGAUAGAGACUUUCUAAGGGGGACUCAUGCAAGAUGAUAAGAUCCUCAUAGACUCUCUUUGCCAAGGGUAUUUGAUGAACAUGAACUCACCUCAAGUGACUGAGUUUCUUGAAGAUAUGGCUCUCAAAGGAUAUGGUUGGGGCUUGACAAGAAGUGGGAAGGGAAGCACAGAAAGACGAGUGCGAAUUGUGGGAGCAAGUGCUCCACUUGAAGCGAAGCUUGACAAGUUGAUCUAGGUGAUCCUUGAGGACAAGAAGCAAGGGAAGAGACGGUGAUGUCUUGUGAUUGGUGUUCGAGCACUAAUCAUGAAAUUGCAGAUAGCCAAGCGAUGAAGGAGACAAGUACCCCCGAGGAGCAAGUGAGUUUCAUUGCUAAUGUUAGAGGGAACAACCCUUAUAGCAACACCUACAACCCCGGGUGGCGCAAUCAUCCAAACUUUGCUUGGUCUUCCCCUUCCAAUCCAAGACCUCUCGGUUUCCAAGGUCCAACGGGAAACUAUCAACCUCGGCCAACUUUCAUCCAACAAAGGCCUCAAUUCCAAAACUCGAACUUCCAACAACCAUACCAAGCACAAGGCAGUCAAGGGUUUCAACAACAACAACAAGUCGACAAGUUCUCUAAACUUGAAGACCUAGUGACCACCUUUGUGAGUACAAGCUCUCAGAAGUUCGAGAAGAUUGAACAAUUCCCGGAUGUGGCAACCUCCAAAUUUACCUCAGUUGAGGAGGGCUUCCGAAGCCAUCAAGCAAGUCUCUAAAAUUUGGAAGUGCAAAUCAGCAAUCUUGCCGGGAUUCUCACCGAUAGACCAAAGGGAGCCCCUACCUUCUCAAACCAUUACCAACCCCAAGGAUCAUUCCAGGGUGAAUUCAAUUCAUUUGAGAAGUGGGAAGGUGACUCCGAAGGUCGUUGCUAGAGAAGUGGAUGAGAAGGAAGACCCUCUACCCGAGGGUGAAGAAGAGGAAACCUCGGGAGAAAAGAGAGGAGUGGCGAGGAAGGCAUCGCCGACGCCACCACCUAUGGCUGAGUACACACCAGCCCUAACUUUUCCCACGAGGGUGCAUAAUGAAAGAAUGGAAGCGGAAUGUGGAGGCUUCAUGGAGAUGCUCCAAAAGCUCCACCUCAACAUUCCCUUCCUUGAAGCAAUGGCCCACAUGCCAAGGUAUUCAAGAUACCUCAAAGGGCUUCUCUCCAAGAAGCCGAAGUUUGAAGACCUUGCCAAUGUCACCCUAGGCGAGGAGUGCUCAGCCUUCAUCCUCAAAAGGUUUCCCAAGAAGCAACCCGAUCCAGGUAGUUUCACUAUACCUCUUUGCAUCGGUUCUCAUCACAUAGAAAAUUCCUUGGCGGACUUAGGGGAGAGCAUAAAUGUGAUGUCAUUUAAGCUUUUUAGGAGGCUAGACAUAGGUGAACUAAAGACUACGAGGCUUAGUGUCACAUUGGCGGAUCACUUUGUCAUUAGUCCUAGGGGCAUAGUGGAGGACGUGCUAGUACGAGUGGGAAAAUUCUGUUUUUCGACGGAUUUUGUGAUCCUGGAUAUAAGUGAGGAUUCUGAGAUGCCACUCAUAAUAGGAAUCUGUUUCCUUGCCACCGCCAAAUCAUUAAUUGAUGUGAAUGAGGGAAUUUUGAUUCUAAGGGAUGGUGAGGAGAGAAUUAUUCUUGGAAUUGAUCCUAAGCCUAGGAGUGAGGAUGCGAAGGAAGUGGAACCGGGUCAUGUGAAUGAAAGUGGAGGAGAACCUUCCAAGGUGAAUCCCACUAUUAUUGUUGUUCCUUGUGAUGAUGUAAAUCAGGAAAGCAAAGAGAGCAUCUCACCCAAAGAAGGAAGGAAAAGAGCUUGGAGAGAAAGGAUAAGUCAUGCUAAUGCCCAGUAGAAGGAAAAGGACAAAGCGAAAGUCAUUGGCCAAGGAGGUCACCCCAUGGAGAGUAAGUUGGGAGGUGACAUGCUUUUCCCUAAUAUCGUGGCGGAUUCACUCUCGGCGGCAUCAUGUUCAAAGGCGUGAUAUAUCCGCAUAUUCAAGCUAGUGACAUUAACUUAGCGCUUGUUGGGAGGUAACCCAACAUAGGUUUGUUUUCUUUUCCUUAUUUUUGUUUCUGAGUCGAGUGAAGAGUUCAAGUGGUCGAGUGGUCUCCCCAUGCCAGGUUUUUGUGAUUGUGUGUUUUGAGUUGUGUCGUGAAUGGUAGUAGGCACGGUGGAGUAGGUCGAGUAAAAAUUUGCAGAAGUACCUUGUUUUCACUUUUGUUCACUGUCUUACAAGACCGUGAAUAGGCAAACGCGUCUGUGAACCAGGGUGCUUCCACGUGUGUCAAACCCAUUGGAUUGUCAGACUUUAUAGACGCAUUGCAGUGUUCAUGGUCUUAACGACUGUGAACUGGAAAAUCAUAAAUCUCAGGGUCUGCCUAUAAAAGGGUCGUGAACGGUUUUCCUUCACUUUACGACCCAAAACUAGUCAGAAUCUUUCAAAUCUCGCCGGAAAAUCAUAAAUAUCUUACGGUUAUUGCCAUUUUCACCCACUUCUGGCAAGCCAAAUCCAAAACCAAGCACAGACACAGUCUCCCCUCGUCAAGGACGGAUGACUCGCACGAAACUACACCACAAAUUAAUCCCGACUAGAGCCCAAGUUUUUAAACUCUAGUCGGGUGCAGUAUAGAGCACGUAUUUGAAUUGUCAACCCGGGCCGGUCCAUGUACCCAUACUUCAAUUUCUUAAGUUGUUAUCUAGCUUAAUUCAACAUUGAGGUUUGCCCUAAAUUAAUCUAGUUAGUAGACGUAAAAAGCUAAAUGAAAACCAACUCGAUUGAGUCUCCCUUGGAAGGAGGAUUUUCCUCUCUAAGCUAGGUUAAAGUGGCUAAUUAGAUAGCAAAAGUACCAACAUGCACAAACCUAAGGAUGCUAAGCACAAAACAUGCACAAUCCUUAGGUUGCUAAGCACAAGCAUGCACAAUCAACAUGAAUAAUACCUCAAUCAUUAGAUUAAACAAUACCCAUAAACAAUCAUUCAAUCUAAACAAGUAAUUACAAAGUAUUAGUUAGGGAUCUACAACAACCAAGAGAAAAGAGUGAGUUUCUAGAGAGAGAGAGAGAGAGAGAGAGAGAGAGAGAGAGGGAUUACAACUUUGAGCUCAAGAUCUUCUUCUUUUUCUAGACUUGAAUCUCCACCCAAGCCUCCAAUGAUGCUCCAAGAUCACUCUAGAACUCUCUCUCUCUCUCUCUCUCACUUGAACUCCCCUUUGGUGUUUUUGGGCAAACCCUAGAGAAAGAAACCAAUUCUUCUCCAAAAACCAGCUCCCUUUUCUCUCUUCCCGCUGUUGUCUUCAUAUUUGCCCGAAAGCGAUAAGUUCAUGGACGUAUUGGCCAGUACGGUCGUGAACACCUAAACGCGUCCGUGGACUCAGUCGUCUCCAAAACGCACCGCCUUGCUUCCUGGGUUCAUGGUCAAUGGCCACAGUUCACGGUCUUAGACACCGUGAACUGCCUUGUCGUUAGUAACUUCAGGAACCUCUCUGGACGCCUCAGUGUUCACGGUAUGUGGUCGAAGUUCACGGUCUUAGGAGACGGUGAACUGCCUCGUCCGGCCAUGAACUGCGGCUGUUUCCUGGGAUGCCUUAACUUCACUGUUUGACCUCCAAUUAUCCCAAAAUUCGACAUCAACCCUUCCAAACGUGCUAGGACCUGAAAUGUAUCAAAACAAACACAACCUAUCGUGAAAUAUGUCGAGGAGCGAUGAAAUACUAAGCUAAACGAAUAAGAAAUGAGGGAUAAAAUG